CGCCGCUGUCGACAACACCGUCGUCGCGCGAACCCGCCCUCGCGGCUCUCGCGGAAAACCGAGUUUUCUGCCCGAAAACACGUGUCGUGUGCCAACUGAAUCAGUGAUCGACUAAAACAUACAAUCCCAUGCGGAAACAAUUACUCUAGUUGCUUGAAAUAGUAAGUGAAUAAGUGAAAUAAAUACAAGAAGAGUGUUUGGAUAAAGUGCAGUGGAGUGCAGUUUUUCGUCAGUGCUGCGAGUCCUGAUGGCCGGCUCGGCCCGGCCGCGCUAGAUCGAUCCCGCCACAGCGGCGCGGCUACCGUCCGUAAAGCGUGUGCGCGAGGUGCGCUGUGAGGGGGGAUGCCCGUGCGCAAGGGGCUGCUCGCGCCCCAGAACACCUUCCUAGACACCAUCGCAACACGAUUCGAUGGCACGCACAGCAACUUCGUCCUGGGCAACGCUCAAGUCCCAUCGUACCCCAUCGUGUACUGCUCAGAUGGGUUCUGCGAGCUGACAGGCUGGGCGCGUGCGCACAUCAUGCAGAAGGCGUGUGCGUGCAAGUUCCUCCACGGGCCCGACACGCGCGAGGAACACCGCCACGAAAUCGACUCCGCGCUAGACUCAAAACAUGAACUCAAACUGGAACUCAUAUUUUAUAAAAAGAAUGGUUCUCCCUUUUGGUGUCUCCUCGACAUCGUUCCAAUUAAAAAUGAGAAGCGAGAAGUGGUUUUAUUUCUCGCUUCGUUCAAGGAUAUUACCAACACGAAGAUGGCCGCCAUGAACACAAAUGAGGACUUUGACAGCGGAGCCGCGGUGCGGCCUUCGGCUGGCGUGGUCACUCUAGCGUUAUCCCCAUUUGUACCCGCAGCGGCACUCUUGGGCGCCCGGUUCCGCGCUGAAUCUAGUUGCCUACUUCCAGACCCGAAUGGCAAUCUUGACCCCGAAGCGCCAUCGCCCGCCAACAUGGGUAGGCGGCGCUCUAGGGCGGUACUAUACCAGCUUUCAGGACAUUAUAAGCCAGACAAAAUGAAGACUAAACUAAAACUCAACAAUGUUAGUAAGAAUCUCCUACAUUCAUCAGACCCUCCAUUACCCGAAUAUAAAACAUCUGCAGUGAAAAAGUCACGAUUUAUAAUAUCACAUUACGGUAUUUUUAAAACGUUCUGGGACUGGCUUAUUCUCAUAGCUACAUUCUACGUGGCGGUCGUGGUUCCAUACAACGCCAGCUUUGUUGAUGAGGGUCAUCCCAGGAUCAGCGUGACUAGUGAUGUUGUUGUGGAAGCGCUCUUCAUUGUCGAUAUUGUGCUAAAUUUUCGGACAACAUUUGUUAGUAAAAAGGGAGAGGUGGUAUCUGACUCGAAGGCGAUAGCUCUUAAUUACAUCCGAUCCUGGUUCGUGGUAGAUCUCCUGGCCGCGCUUCCAUUUGACCUACUUUACGCGUCGGACGUAUACAGCGGGGCGGAGUCGACGCACGGAAACGUGCAUUUAGUGAAAUUAACGAGACUGCUGCGCCUGGCGCGGCUGCUGCAGAAGAUGGAUCGAUACUCGCAGUAUUCGGCUCUCAUAUUGACUUUGUUGAUGCUUUCUUUCACUUUGCUGGCUCACUGGCUAGCAUGCAUCUGGUUUAUCAUAGCUGAAAAAGAAAUCGAAGUUCACAAAAAUGAAAGUUGGGAUUUAGGAUGGAUAAACAACUUGGCAGAAAGAUUAAAAGUGCCUAUUCCCAACAUAUCACACAGCGAGAGUUAUGUGACAGCCCUUUACUUCACCUGUUCAUCACUCACUAGCGUCGGUUUUGGAAACGUCUCGGCGAAUACGCUACCUGAGAAAGUUUUCAGCAUUAUCACCAUGUUGAUCGGAGCUCUGAUGCACGCCGUGGUGUUCGGUAACGUUACUGCCAUUAUUCAGAGGAUGUACUCCAGAAGGUCCAUGUACCAAAGCAAAUGGAGGGACUUGAAAGAUUUCCUUACGAUUAAUCAAGUGCCCAAGGAGCUGAAGCAACGCAUGCAAGAUUACUUUCAAACAAUGUGGUCGCUUAAUCAUGGCAUUGACAUACACGAGACCUUAAAGGAGUUCCCAGAGGAGCUCCGGGGUGACGUGUCCUUACAUUUGCACCGUGAAAUACUAUCACUCCCUAUAUUCGAGUCGGCUUCGCAGGGCUGCCUCAAGUUAUUAUCUCUGCAUAUCCGGAACAACUUCUGUGCCCCGGGCGAGUACCUCGUGCAUAAAGGGGACGCAUUAACAUAUAUUUAUUAUAUAUGUAACGGCUCAAUGGAAGUGAUGCAAAACGAUAUGGUUGUCGCCAUACUUGGUAAAGGAGAUUUGGUGGGAUGUGACAUGAACACACACUUACAAGCUUACAACGGCACGGGCACAUCGCAGGGCAACAAUCCCGACGUCGUUGUCAAAUCUAGCUGCGACGUGAAGGCACUGACAUAUUGUGAUUUAAAAUGCAUACAUAUGGGAGGUCUGGCGGAGGCACUACGUCUCUACCCAGAGUAUCAGCAAGAGUUCAUACACGAUAUCCAACACGAUCUCACGUACAAUUUGAGAGAAGGGUACGAAGCAGAGCAGGAAUCGGAUGGAAACGGGCACCCAUCACUUACACUACCGUCUAUAUCCGAAGAUGAUGAGAAUGCUGCAGAAGAUCAUGCCUUAUCACCGAAAAAACCACCUGCAUCGAACACUAACAGUCCCCGUCAUACGAAAUUCAGAACGGACGGACAACGCCUCACGCACAGGGAGUUGCGCGAGAGAAUAGAAAGGCAACGUUCGGUGGCGACGCCAAAAAUUACUAGAGCGGACUCUUUGGAAGGACUAAAUUUAGAAAUGCACAAUACAAGGUCAUCAGUAGAGAGACUUGAUACGCAAGUGUCGAGUUUGCACCACGACGUAGCAGCACUAAGCAUGGAGGUACGAAACGCAAUCCAAGCCCUGCAGGAGAUGACAGGUCCGUCGGGCUGGCACGCCGCACAUUCCAAUCCCAACCUGCAGUGGAACACGCCGCCCAACCAGCUCGCACGGAGUUGUAGCCAUCCACCCGACGUGUUCUGCUGGGAUCAGCAGGAGCGACCAAUAACGCCAGAAAGGCCAAAACUUCAUCGAAGUACUCAAACAGAACCAUUCCUCAACUGCGUCACGCAGUACAUUAUGGAGCAUCCCGCCACGGUGAUGCUGCUCUUAGGUCUAGAUCCAAUGGCGAAUCUCACUCCUGUCAUCCCCCCUACGAUUGAUUACUAUGACACGCGAGGACGACGGCCUAGUGUACUCGAACAGAUAGUCGAAUCAGAAAAUGGAAGUCAAACACCGUCCAGUUCUGCCAGCGAGAAAUUUGAACCAAAUCGAAGUCUCAGUGGUAGUGUGAAGGAACUAUCUAAUUCUAUCACACCCACCCAAGCAGAAAUGAAGAAACUUCUCGACAAAGAACACAAAAGCAGUUUGAAGAGGAGCAGGCACUCGGCCAGUGACCUGAGCGUCGAGGCAGAACGACUGCUCGCGACGAAAGCGUCACAUGCCAGCACUCGCAGUCUGAAGUUCAACAUCAACAGUUAAGUAGGUAAUGAAUUCCAUUUUGUAUUAUGCUCAUUAGACGUUAGAUUUUAAGUUUGAUUUGCCAGUAGAUUUUUAUGAUUCUUUUAGCACUGGUUCUUUAUUUUAAAUUGAACUCUACGUAAUUUUAAAUUAUCUAUUAAUUUUUCGAUCAACGAAAUGUACCUAAUAUACGGAACUUAUUACUCUUAUGGAUGUUUUUAUGAAAUAAUUUCAUCUGUAUUUUAAGAGAAAGAAUUUACUUAUUUCGUAAAACAAUAGAUAUCACAUCUACUCAAUAAAUUGUACAUAUCAUCUAAAAGUUUUAUUGUUACAUUAGAUACUCUUGAAAACUAAAAAUAAUUUUCUAGUCACUGUUUUGAUGAUAUAAUAAAAAGAAAUGUUGAAUAAAUAGUUAAAUAUUACACAUAUGCAGAUAAAAUGGUGUUAAUUUAUUGUUAAUCUAUAAAUAUUUACAUUAUUUGUCUUACGGCCCUAGAAUAUAUUAUAAGUAACAUCAAAUAUUGAUGAAUUUAAAAAAUAUCAGGUCAAAUUUAACCUAUGAGAGGUGAAAUUUAUUCUAUUGUGCAUGAUAAUACAUGUAUUCAAAUAUCCAUUGCAAGAACUUUGAUGGUGUACAUAAAUAGUUAAAUACCUGAGAAAAAUUGCAAACCCUAUAUGUACCUUAGAAUACAUGUAUAUAUUGAGUAGCAUAAUAAAUGUUACCAUCACAUUGAUUUUUGCAUAAUAUUGGUGUAGCGUGUAUUUGAGACAAUACGAGAGUGACACAAAAAUUGCGAAAAUGGAUAUUAUUAUUCCACAUAUAGAUAAAAUAUACGAAGUUCUGUAAAAACAUAUAUGUUUACUUAUUAACGUUACCUACUUACUGUACUGAUCUCAUACAUAUUUGUAUUUGUAGUAGGUAUCCUACAUGGUAGUGCCAAUCAUUUUUCAUAUGUACCAUUUAUAAUUAUAAAACUAUAGUGAAAAAUAAAUGUGUAUGCCAAAAUUGUUGCCAACAAUGAUAAAACAAAAACCUACACUACUAACUUUAUUAAAUAUGAGAAUCACAUAAUUUUCGUAAUACUAACAUCAAAUAGUUUUAAAUACCAUUUGUGUUCCAUUCCUAAUUCUAUAGGACGUUUUGAUUAAAUCUAGAAUCACGUGCUGACUUCAGUUCAGAUUGAAUGAUGCUCUGUAGUUUGAAGUUUUGAGUGGAUGCGAUUGUUUGUGGACGGGCGUGAAGCCUACCAUCGGACAAGCAACCUACUCGUUUUGUCAUUAAAUUUCGUUAUUGGUUAUUUUCUUAAAAUGCAACUACAUUCUUAUAUUAAUAAUAUUGCAUACACUAUCGAAGUUCUAAGACUCAAGAAGUAGAUACUUUAAAAUGUAACAUACGUGUGCCAAUAAACAUUACAUUUCAAUUUACAUUUACAUUUUAUAAGCAAUAUUAUCGUUGUUAUAAAUACGAGUUGUUAGAAAAAUAUGGCCCAACUUCUAUAUUUCUAUUAACAUAUUAUAUUUUUUAAAUUUCCAUCUAAAUGUUCGGUACGCAAUGGCAAAGAUAUUUAUGACCGGUACAACUAUAUUAAAAAUUGAACAAAGGCCUCUAUGUUCCAAAUUAAAAGGAGAGUAUAAUAUAGAAUAACCAUGGUCCAUGAAAUUGACUGGAUUUUUCAUCUUAAAAAUUGCUUAGUCGCAGUUCGCUGUUAGAAACUUAUGAUAUCCCCGUGCCUUGGAAAGUACGUAAAGCCGUUGGUCCUGCGCCUGAUCUCUCCCCGGUCAUGUCAGAUUGCCGUCUCUUCGGAGUAUGAGGGUGAAAAAACAUGACAAAACCCGUUUAAUGCGCAUACACUUCUACACAUUAAUAACGCCUGCGUACCGUAUUGUUUUACUAUAUCUUCUAAUGUAUUUGGACUGUGUUAAUUCUAUUUUUGGCACAGUUUUUGGUGACCAUGGUUAUUUUUUAGCUGAAUACGUUAAUUAUAAUAAUAAACAAUUUUGAAUCAAGUAAAAAGCAUCGCCUGAAUUAACUUCAAAACUCAAUUUCCAAAGUUAAUACCCAAUUUAAAUUUAGGUUAUCAAGUAGGUAACUUUCAAUUUAACACCUAAAACCAAACAUGAUAAAUGCCUUCUUUGUUAUUGUGGUAUGUGUGUUGCGAUUAUAUUAUAAUUAAUUAAAAAUUAUAGUAUGUCACUGUAAGUAACGUACUUCGGGACUUGUAUUAUCUUUGAUAAUAAUAAAAUUGUUGUAACAUUAAAAACGCUUACUAGAUUUAUCGGAUAAUAAUCGUGGUGUACGAGUAUGUUGUAUGAGCCCAUGAUUGUGAUAAACAAUUUGUAACACGUGCAGUGCCUAAAUUCUCAUAUUUUAUUUGUUCAUUUAUUUAUUUACUCUGUAUUUUUCAGUAAAAUCUAUUUUACUACGACUUAUGAUGUAAGUGUAAUUGUACGAUGCAUACGUAUUUUGUACAUAUUGAAACUUUAUCUUGUAGUACAAAGUAUUAGUUACCGUAAAGUUUAAUAAAGACAAAUUGAUGUUGAAA